AUGUCUAUACCGACGGAAUCAGUAUGUUUAGCAAGCACCAUGAUCGAACUUUUUGAUCCGGAAAAUACGGAGAUUCUUUAUUGGUUAAAUGAUUUUGAAUUUCUACUCAAAUUGUUAAAUAUACCACGUGAUAAAGCGAUUGAAUGUUUAUUAAAUUUAAUGGAAACUUCGGCAUUUUUAUCUAUUCAACAAAAAGUUGCUCCAGCUGAUCCAUACAAUCUUUCGUACGAAGAGCUUAUAAACCAUUUAGAAGAGUUGUUCGGAUGUUAUCAAGGUGAAACAGCAGGAGACUAUCGUUUUGAACUUCGAGAUCAAUAUAUUGGUGAAAGUGUAUUGGAGUACAAAAAUGCUUUAAUAGAACUGUCCCGUAGAGGUAGUUUUUUCUUAAGAGAUGAUUCAAGUAUACUAUUACGACUAAUACCAGGAUUAAUAGAUAAAGACAUAACUAUAUUAUUGGAUUGUAUAAUAGGUUUAACACUUGACCAAGCCAUGAGUAUCGCCUCGAAAGAGGAAUGGAACAAAAUGACACAUUAUUCAGAAUAA